ACUGCUCCUCGUGAGUCCGACCCGUUGCCCGAGCCGUCAACAUUUAACCGCUGAGAUAAACUCAAGAAGCCACCGCUCUGGUUCCCAUAUUAUCAAACGGUCCAAAAUGCUGAACAAAAGGAAGAAGGAAAAGAGUGAUUAACGUGGAAGUGGAAGAAGAAGAAGCGGAGUCUGGACACCAGCUAUAAUAACCGCUGUGGAUCACAUGCGGCCCGGAUGACCCUGCAGUCUCGAGACUGAGUCAAGGGGUGAGCAAUGAUCAUGCCCCUGACCCUCCUGCAGCUUCCCCUCCAGGAAUCCUGAUAAAAGGCAGGCGGGAGAAGCGCUGCGAGGACGAAGAGGUUCCCGUCAGGUCAUCCUGAGCUCACCCCACCAGUUAUCAGCUAUGCGGCUCACACUGGUAUACAUCUUAAUUGCUGUCAUUCCUGUGGCCUACUGCUAUUCUCCUGCCUUUGAAGACCUGGUAGAAACUGGCAGCAACCGAACCUCCAUAAAGUUCCUGGCUUUAGGAGACUGGGGUGGGGUGCCUUAUCCCCCCUACAUCACUGCUGUGCAGAAGGCUACUGCUCGAGAAAUGAGCAAAGUAGCACAGCAGAUGGGAGCUGACUUUGUUCUGGCCCUUGGCGAUAACUUCUACUUCAGAGGUGUGGACAGUGUCGAUUCGCCUCGGUUUCAGGAUACUUUUGAGUCGGUGUACACCGCAAAGUCUCUCAAAAUCCCCUGGUAUGUGCUUGCUGGCAAUCAUGACCAUGCAGGCAACGUCAAAGCCCAGAUUGAGUACAGCCACAAAUCUGACCGCUGGAACUUCCCCUCCUACUAUUAUGAGCUGAACUUCCACAUCCCCAACACCGGGAAGACUCUGACCAUCAUCAUGCUCGACACCGUGUUGCUGUGCGGUAACUCUGACGACUUCCUGGACGAGACGCCCAGAGGCCCUCUGCGCAUGAUGGACGCCAACCGCCAGGUGACGUGGCUGCAGGAGCGAUUGGCUCAGUCCAGGGCCGACUUCCUGUUGGUGGCCGGCCAUUACCCCGUGUGGUCGGUGUCCGAGCACGGGCCCACGGCGUGUCUGCUGCAGCGGGUCAAGCCCCUGCUCGUCAAAUACAACGCCACCGCUUACCUCUGCGGCCAUGACCACAACCUGCAGUACAUCGAAGAGUCCGGCGUGGGCUACGUGGUGAGCGGCGCUGGCAACUUCCUGGAUCCCGAUAUCCGUCACUGGAAUCGCGUUCCCAAAGGUUCUGUGAAGUUCUUCAGUGGGAAAGCUUCGACGCUGGGAGGCUUUGUCCAUGCAGAAGUCACAAAGGACAAGAUGUUCUUGACCUUCUUCCAGGCUACAGGCACUUCUCUCUACCGCACGGCGCUCUCACAAAGGAGCUUUGAGUAGACCGGCUCAUCGAAGCUCAUCGAAGCAAUAGAUAAAUGUUAUUUGCAUACAGUAUAGUCUACGUCAAUCACUACUGUUAAUCGUUUUUAAACAAUUAUAUUUGUCAUUUGUAUUUUAAAGAUUUAUUUAAAAAAAAUAUAUGAUUUUAUUGUGAUAAAAUAAUAAAUGCUGUUCCUAAAAAGUGUCGUGUUUGCUUGGUUAUCGCUUGCGGUGGAAAAGUCUCUAAUGCACUUUAGUUGUAUAGAUUAUGGGCUUGUGCUAGAUUCUAGGACUGUACUGUAUUUUUUAUUUCUCCGUAGUCUGAACAUACAGUGCCGUCUUUGUUCUUGGUCAGGUGACUGCCAUGUACUCUGCUUGUUUAAACUCUGUAGUUCGAUGUUGAUUGGAGCACAAAGGCUUGUAUGAUUUAAACAUUUUAAAAUGAGGAUUAUAAUUAUAGCCCGUGCUUACACUUUAGUGAGAUACAUUCCUGGCUGUGCAGAAUUAAGAUGGUGGUGUCUGAGCUGGCGAAGAACGCGGGUCAUUGUUUUCAUGGUGCUCACACGCAGAGUUAAAAUACAGAAAUAAGUUGACUGUUGGAAAAUGCAAAGACUUUGCUAACUGCUUUGUCAGGGGACCACCUGGUCUUCCACCAGAGGAUUAGGCUGAAUGACAGAUUGGCGCCGACCUCGACCAGGAUAAACUCUGCCAGCCAACGAAUAACUGGGUAAAGCACAACCUAUGAUGUUUUUUUUCUACCUCCUUCUGCUGACAUUGUUUUGCUUUUACUGCCCUAAUUUCUUUACAUAAGGAGGAUUUUGGGCUCUCACCUCUUUUAUUUUCAUGUUGUGUAACAUGCAAAUAAAACUGCAUGUUGUGUAAUAUGUCAAAUUGAAUGCAAUGUUUAGUGCCCCCCCCCCAUCCCCCACGUCCCUCAUGUGUUUAUCCCGUCCUAACCCCAGUCUGGAUGUUAUAGGGUUACUUAAUCGUGUUGCUGAUCCACUUGGAAGGAGUCGCAGUCAUCUGGUGUCAUGCAUCCUCAAACUGGGAGCUUGAUCUUUGAACUGAGUCAAUGUCCGUAAGAAAUCAGCUUAGGGGUAAACUGUCACAUGCGGCUGAGAGACGGAUAAGGAUCUCUUAACGCUGAAUGAUGUAAACUGCCUGCAGAGCAAAAAGAGAGCGACAAAACUGAUGAUUAGACCCCUUCUGUAUUCAAAGUGACUAUAUGCAUGUACAACAGGUCUCACCUGCAGGACUUCUCAACGGGUAACACAAGGGGUUUGCAGCAAGUAAACUGUUUAAAGCACUGACUCUGACAGCAACAAGAGAAGCCGUCUAUCUGGCCACACCGGUCUGACUGGUCAAACAGAGAGAAAACCACGCUGACAAAUUGUAACACAAUGAUUUGUUUCAAAAAUCUUGCGUGUUGGACAUUAUAAACUGGAACGUGAUACAUAAAAAUGUUUGCUCUCCCAGCGUAACUCAAUGCGGAUCCAUAUUAAUGCCAUCGUACAAGCAGAAUAAAUUGUGGAUACAUUUGUCAGAUUAGGGUGCCGCUGUCCGAUUAUCUAGAAGUAAUAAAAGGAUGGUGUAUUAAAGGCUUAGCGAGUCUUUUAAUCUUCACCCCUUAAUCUCCAGCCCUCACUGAAUGUGGGGCCCUCUGAGUUUUACAGAUGAAAUAGAAUGUUGCCUCAAUGAGGGUGCCCAAAAAGUGUCACUUUAUACAAUAAAAUGUUUUCCCAGA